AUGCAGGACGUGCAGUUUCCCCCGCAAGAUGCGUCGGGCAGUGAAGGGGCGCGUGCGGCAUACAAAAACGCGGUGCGCAUUGCGUCCCUUGUGCACGCGAUUAGUCUCGAGGACGGCGAGUUCGUGCUGAAGCUCGCACUGUACGUGCGCCGCGACCUCAACAUUCGCCACACCGCCGCUGUGUUGGUGGCCCUCAGUGCCUUUGAACCGAAAUGUCAGCCCUUUUUGAAGUGCUACAUGCGGCGCAUCAUUUGCCUUCCCUCGGACUGGCUGAGCAUCGCCAACAUUGCUGUGGAGCAGCCGCACCUGCGCCUGUCUCCAUUACCGGCCGCCGCCAUCACCACCAGCGACGACGCGACGUUCACGACGUCAGAUGUCCGGGGGCUGAACGGAGGGAGCGAGAGGGGACCUUUGCCCAACGCGCUUCGGCGCGCCCUUGUGUCGACCUUCACCAUGUUCGACAACCAUUCUCUCGCCAAGUAUAACACCGAACGAGCUACCAAACGAAAAUGCAAGAAAAUGCGAAUGAAAGAAUCCGUGCAAGAUCCAAAAUCCCCGCGCCCACUGACAUUUAAGGACCAUAUCCGCCGGUUGCACAUAUCGCAGCCUGCAUACGCCGUCUGCUGUCUUUUGGGGAAACGGUAUCCCGACACAGAGGAGGAAUUCAGAGAACGUGGCUUGGAUGAGGGUGGCACGCGUGCAUUUGAUCCUAAGCUGCGUGGCAGGCGCAUGCGCCUGCCAAUUCCAAUAACGUGGGAGAGGCAAUUGUCCUUGCGUGGGAACAGAAGUGAGGUCUGGGACGAGCUGAUAGCCAACAAUAAUGUGCCGUUCAUGGCUAUGCUACGAAAUCUGCGCAAUAUGGCUUGGUGCAAUUGCAGUGAAAGCACCCAUGUCUCUGUGAUACGACGAUUGGUGUCCGAGGAGCAGGUGGUGGCGUCGCGCCAGUUUCCCUACCGGUUUCUCAGCGCUUAUAAUGCUCUUAAGAUUUCAUUGGGGGAGAAGUACCACAAGUAUUUUCACGUGUUACAGACAAAGAAGAAAAGUCGGGGAUACUUCACCGAUAAUGUUACGCGCAGCCGUCUGCUGGAACGAUACAAAGAUGCGUUGGACCAGGCUGUGAGGAUUUCUGUGCGGGGCAAUAUCACACCUAUUCGAGGAGCGUCGCUUGUGGUACUGUACUUGAGCCCGCAUUUUGAGUUUGAUGACUUCCGUGGAUCGUCGCAGCUUGGAAAGGCUAUCCUGUUGGCGGUUGCCUUUAGAUACGCCUGCGAACACUGUGUCGUACUGCUAGCAGGGAAGGAUAGGUGUGGUGUGAUGGAAUUGGACCUCCGGCGCGAGGAUGGCAUGCUACACAACGUAGAAAAGGUAAAGGAUAUUUGCAGAAAGAUGUCCAGGUGUGGCACCUUCUCCACUGAAGACAAAACGCAGUUCACGCAGCUCAGCGGUUUUCCGUACGUGUACCUAGACGACAUGCUCGAGCGUCGGGUAAAUCUCCAGUCUCUUGUUGUUAUGGGUUUCAGCCACAGCUGCUACUCUGGACAAAACGAUGCCCCCUCGCUGGGUGAUCUGCCCGUCUACCUUGAACGCAUGCGUCGCACCUGCAAUGAGGACCUUCUGUUCCUCUCUCUGCAGGCGUCGCUGGAGGAGGACGAGGCCGUGUCGUCGCGGUACCGCCACAAGAACGACGUCCUACUGACUGGGUUUUCAGAUGCCAUGCUGCGGUUUGUGGCGGAGCGUGUCGCGGGCGGACCCCGGCGCUACGUUGAGCGGGCCGACGAGGUGUAUGACGUUCAUCGCGUGGCGGUUCUCCCUGGCUGCAUGCCGGGAGGGGAACUGCACGCACUGAGGCGCGUGCUCUCAAUUGAGCAGGAGCGUCGGGUGUACAAGGGCGGGGCCACGACGGAAACGCUCUCGGAGGGAGGCCUGACUGAUACCCAAAAGAGCUCGGCGAUGGGACUCGCAAAGACGCCGUCACCGCCGUCACUGCCACUGCCACUGCUACAGCUACCGACAAUGAUGCCAGAGGCAGCGACGCACGAUACAGCGUGUACGACGGCGACAACGGCAGAAACACCUAUACGGUGGCCACAGCCAGAACGAGGAUUCCUGUCAGCUUAUCAGGAGUGCCGUUUUUUUUUGUCCUCCACCUUUAUUGACAUGAACAGUGAGAGGAACGCGUUGGUCCUUGACGUCUUCCCGCGGCUGCGUCGUUGGGCGGCGGAGGCUGGGCUGCGUGUCAACAUUGUGGAGGUGGAUCUGCGCUGGGGCAUCACCGAGGAAGCGUCGAGCUCUAACUUGUCCCUCUCUGUUUGCCUCAAUGAGGUCUCACGUUGCUCCCCGUUCUUUCUAGGUGUGCUCGGCUCCCGAUACGGUUACUGCCCACCCACGUUGUACCACCGUGUCGACGAGGACGUGGACGCGGAGGACUUCACAUGGCUGAAGCAACUCCCACAGGACAACCCGGCGCGGAUGUCUGUGACGGAGAUGGAGAUGCGGCAUGCUGUGUUCACUGCAGCGCGUCGCACAGGGGAGUCCGUGCCACGUACCAUGGUUUUUUUCGUGCGUGAUCACUCCGCGUUGAUGUCGUCGUUGGCAGUGGAAGAUCGAGAGGCGUACGCCCCCGACACACCGACGACGAUGCAGUCCCUCUCAAAGCUUUCAGGUUACUUGGAGGCUCAAGGAGUGCCUAUGUUUUCCUACACGGCAACCGGCAUAAGGUCAGGGUCCGAUGCCUUGUCUGCCAUCUCGAUGCUUUCAAUCAAAAAAUCAGCGUUACAUGUGCCGCUUGACGUUACGAACUUCUCCCGCAAGGCGUUUGUUGCACUGAAGUCUAUUAUUCUUCAGCGUUGCGGGCUCCCCGACGACGCUGGGGAGUCGCUGCAAAGCCAGAGGGAUCACGCUAAUCCAAAACAGCAGCUGAAACCGCAGCCGAAACAUCAGGGUGACGACAUUUUGAAGCAAGCAAGCACGGGCGGGGCGCUCUACGCGGAGGAGUACAUGGACCAGGUUAGUUUUACGACGAACUUGCUAAAGACCUUUGUGCCUCCGCUGGGUCUCCUGGAGAAGUUGUCCUUCUUUGCUCUUACAGGUCAUCUCCCGACAGACACCAGCUCUUCUACAGCCGGGGGAGUGGCUGCCGAAAGCAGCAUUGCAAAUGUCACACUUUCUCAUGACAGCCGGGACCAGAACAAAGCCUCCAAUGUUCUUCUCUUACAGGGCUCCGAUGGAAAUGGAUUAUCUAGCGUCGCCGCAGCCGUUGCAGCUCACAUCGCUUACUUAGAGGAGUCCAACCUUGCGGUUCUGCAUUUCGCCUGUCAAGCCAGUGACGGAAGCCUGCGGCGUUUGGUGUACUACCUUGCCUUUUCGCUGGUGCACCGCCUGCGACUGCAGGAGGACUUCUGUGUGCGAGAGAGCGAUUCUGUCACGACGCUGCUUCCCCUCCUGCCGGGUGUAUAUGCGGCCGCGAUGAAGAAGAAACACUUAUGCAUUAUCCUUGAUGGCCUGGACAAGUCCUCCUUUGCUCCGGAGAUACUACGUAAUCUUGGCUGGAUCGUGCCUAGAAGCACCGGGCCAGAGAUUCGCUUUCUAAUCACGACCACGCUGAGUAGUUCAUUCGCCACCGCCCUGAAGUCGCGUGUGCAGCCGGUGGUAAGCCUUAUGUUGCCAGACUUGAGCCUGUCUGAACGCGCUGAACUCGUCCGACGACACUUGGCCUCCUAUGGCAAGCGGCUACAGGAGUCUUUUUGCGUGAAUGAGCUUAAGCUGCUGCUGCGAAAGACGGACGCCAAUCAGGCCUCCUACCUCACUUACGCUAUCACGUACCUCCGCCUGUUCAGCUUCUUUGACACUCUGCGGGCUGAUAUUGCAAGUUUGCCCUCCACGCUUCCACAACUGCAUGCCGAAACGUAUAAAAAGUUGGAGGAACAGUUUGGCGUGGAAACCUGUCGCGCGGUUCUUGUUUCACUCUACCUGUCGCAGAGUCUCUCAGGUCUUAAGGAGUACAACCUUCACCGUCUUGUCUCCAACGUCGCCAGCGCCUCUCGCCUUGUCGCGCUGCUGGUGGGGACGUGUCUGCGGGUGACACGCAAGCGCGUGCUGAUAGCGAAUGCAUCAUUUGAAGCCUCCAUCGCGGCGCGCUACCUCCCCCACUCCUCCGACGUCGUGGAUGCCUGCACCAACAGGCUGGUGGCGGAGUUGUACUUCCGUCCGCUUGCCACAAGUGUGUCUCGUUAUGAGACUCGCGAGAGCAUUCGCCUUGCUGUGGAUUCCAUCAAGCACAGUCCACGGGAGAAGUGUGUGUUUAGCCCCCAUCGCUACACAACCUCGCAGCUGCUUGCUCUGCUUCACUUUGCGCUGCUGGCGAAGGAGUACGAUGCAUUGGCAACACUCGCCGCGUAUGUGCCGUUUAUUGAGUACCUCCUCGUGAAUGCGACGUACCUUCAACGGUUUAUGAAUCUGCUUUCGCAGGCCACAAUGGCAAACUCGAUGCUGUCGCGCCGACUUUAUCCUAUUAUAGAGUUUCUGCAGAGCGAGUACCACAUCCUGGUGGAUCGUCCCAGCCUUUUGCGACAGUGCAUACGGAAUUUGCCUAGCUGCAGUGCAAUUUUUCACGGGUUGGACCACAACCACGGCGACCGUGGCGGUGACGGGGAGGUGGAUGACAUGGAUAGCAACAUCAUUCGUGGAAAGCGGAAUCCCAUGACGUGGGUCAGGUGGAUGAACCCGAGCCAACACGGAGAGGAGGGACGCAUCAUCAAGUUUCCCUCGACAGAGCCACUGCACUGCCUUGUCCUGAGUGAUGACGGGAAGUUUAUGGCUGCCGGCGGGGAGGACAUGAUGGUGCGAGUGAUGCCGCAGGGUGCACUGGAACAGAUAACGGCGUCACUAAAGCACACGGCUCCCGUCACUGCCAUUGCGUUCCUGCCAAACCAUUCGCAUAUUCUGCUUACUGGAUGUGGGCGCGGUGUUCUACGGGUGUGGAGUCUUGAAGAUAAUAGUCUGCUUCAGCAGAGUCAGGCGGGGCACACGCGAUGCAUUUCGUCCCUCGCCUGUCAUCCUACGAGAAGUGUUGUGUGCUCUGGCAGUCAUGAUGGACUGUGUGCGAUAUGGAAUGUUGUGAGCAGCGUGGCGGAGUCUGUGGCACGUUCAAGUGUGCAGCCGUCGCAAAUUCUGAAGCACCACACGGCGCCUGUUUCGUGCGUGGCGUACCACAGCUCAGGUGAGAUACUGGCAACGGGAUCUUGGGAAGGGUGUGCGUACUUUAUUAACAUGGAACGUCCCAUGGACGAUACAAGCAGGUCAGCGGCACCACUGGAGUAUGUACAUCAGUUCCUGGAUGCACAGAGCCCUGUGCGGGGGCUUGCGUUUCUGCCUUCGAUGGUGGUCACGUGUGCUGUGGCGCUUUACAGUGGGGACAUAUGUCUUUACGACUACGCCUCCGCAUCCUGUAGUGCGCGGCUAACGCUGCACGCUGGCAUACCUAUCACCUCUCUUGCCUUCUCGCCUGACGCAGCCUUGAUGGCAUCGGCAAACGAGAAUGGGAAUGUGCACGUCGCCUACGCCGGUGUGACAGGGACAGUCAUGUCGACGCUCAACGGUCAUCGUCAGGCUGUGACCAGUGUUGUCUUUCACCAGCAGAAUCCGUCCAUCCUGUUCACCUCCUCAGUUGAUAACAGUCUCAAGGAGUGGUACAUUGGCCAGAGUAGCGAGCGCCGCCACACGGGACUGCGUGGAACACACACCAUGAGUGUGACUGCGUGUGCGGCAGCCUCUGAUGGGUCGUUCUUUGUUACGGGCGGCAUGGACGGCACUGCGUUUGUCUUUGCAAGUCACCAGGUUGUUGGCGGAGACGCAUUUGAAAACCCCGGUAUCAAGGAUGACUUUUUUGUCCCCCACUUUAUCCUCUCGCACGAGCAUAACCGUGUCUCGUGCAUCCGCGUGGUGAUGCAAAACAGCCGCAUCCUCUGCGGGACGGCGGCAGGGGAAGUGUUUGUUUGGGCUGCCUCACCUGGGCUUAACCUCCGCGAGGGACGCCUGCUGCAACGCAUUCGCGUGGUAGGCAAGGGCACGUACCCCGUUAUUUUUAUUGCGUGCGAGGAGGAGCACGUGGCGGACGUGAGUAAGGGGUGCCCGGUGGACGCGUUGGAUGUCUCAAAGCCGCACGGCCCCCUCCGCGGGCGGGCCACGGCGUUGACGACGGAUGGAGCGAUAGCAGCAUGGGAGAUGUGCGACGACGACGGGCUCAUGCUCGCUUUGGAAGGUAAACCGUUGCAUGAGGCGUUGCACAGUGACGGCGGUGUGAUGAGUAAUAAUGCAUACGCCGUUGGUUCGCAACCGAUGCCUGCACCUUCGGAACAUAUAUUUGACGUUGACCCAGCGGUCCGUCGAGACGGAAAUCAUGUUGAGACGACAAUUUAUACCUUCAGUGGCCAUGCUGAUAGUGGUACUCAACAGUAUUUUUCAUCGAGUCAGGAAUCAUUUUACAGUGAACUUUCGGAGCGCGCGCCGCAGAGAAGGGAGUCAAGUGGUGACAGCAACGUAGUGGGUGGGACGCUGAAAGGGGCCCCACAACGUGCAGUUCUACGGUGGGUGACUCAAGCGGAAUGUCUGUGGGGGGACGAAGAAGAGCAGCAGGUGGUCUCAUGCGAACCUUCGCCUUCGAAUGGAAGUGCACUUGCGACGGUGCCGAGCGAUGCGGAAGAAAUUGUGGCCGCCGUCUCAUUUAUCAACCGUAGACAAAGCAAUCAGUCGGGACUGAAUUCUUCAAGUAAGUCAACGGGAACGGAAGCUGCUGCCGCAGAUGCACGUCAUCACACGGGGCUGCUCUGCGGGCACUACAUCGUUGUGGGUCGCCUCCGCUGUCAUUUGGCUUUGGCCACCCUUCAGCGGGUGAUAACUUUGCCCAUGCAUAAUCCGCUCCAGCUGCAGUUUGAGCCUCUUGACAGUAACUCGCACUGCAAUAGCAACAUCAGCAGCAUUAACGCUUACACUUUGAAAAAUGGGGAUUUUUUCCUUAGUGCCAGCAAUUGCAUUUGUGUGAAUUCCGCUUGGACUACGGAGGACGAGGGCUUCGUCGCCGUGCUCUUUGCCCUAGGCACAAACUCUGGUACGGUACUGCUCCUUGAGGCCACGUAUGACGCGGAGGACGUGGACGCCCUCUCUUCGGUGGACGAUGAGUCGCUGGUACAGUUGAUGCUAAAGGAGCAGCGACGUACGUGUCUUACGCUACGACACGCCACCGACAUCGUCGACAACCAGGGCAAGCCUGUCGCCGUGGACUCCAUCGCCCUGGCACCGCAAAAUAGGGCCACACUGGAGCACGUCGUGUGGCGGGAUGUACUGACCGCGCUGCAGGUGGUGGUGGGCGGUAGAGAUGGUUCCACACGUCUCUUUACGGUGUUCCCAUUCCGCUAUAUGGGAGAGGCGGCUCCCGCGAGCAGCAUCACACCCAACGGAGAGUUGGACUCGAAGGAAGAAGGAAAAACGGAGGGUAAAGGGGAGGAGGAGGAAGAAGAUGGUGAAACAGGGAGCGAGGCGGCGGGUUUUCUCUGCAAAGAUCUUUGGAAUGAGCAGGGUAUAUUCUUUGCAUCCUCCGGCGUUACAACCGUCACAGUGAUGCGGAUGUCAGAGAAAGAUCCCUCAAUGGGUGCCUGCGUGAAUGCGGCGGUUGGAAACGAUGAUUGUCUGCUGCCCAUUUGCACCUCAAAAGCCGCGGCAGCAGCUGCGCCUCCGACUCGGCAAGUCAUGUAUAUCGCUGGUGACUGGCUUGGCAAUGUAUACCAGCUGCAACUCGAGUGGGAAGGCGAGAUGAAGCAAAGAAAAGGCAGCAUCAAGCCGCUUACGUCCUCAGGCUGGACGGCUGAAGCCAAUUUGCUGGAUGCUCUCCACUGGUCAGCUGCCAUGGGUGGGGCGGGGCGAGAGGCGAGGGACAUGCAGGCUGAAACCCUCUUUUCCCAGCCACCUGAGCGCACCGAUGAGGCUGCUUUGGCGAGGCAAGUGCGUCAAACGACGGAUUGGCGUUGUGAGAAGCGUCACAUUACGUCGAUGUUUCUGCCGCGGGCGGCAAAUCCAGCGGCGGCGUUAGCCAACGAUGAGGCUGUCAAGGCCUGCGCAGGAACGUCUGAGUCCACACUUCCACAAUUGCCUUUGGGUUUGUCUGCGGCUGCGGCAACCACGGCUGCAGGGGGUGUGCCACCGUAUGAGCUGAUCCUUCAAAAGAUGCCAGCCGGUUUGGAUCCGUCGCAGCGGAGUGAGUGGCUGCAACGGCGUCAACGUCUUCUUGUGGAGGCACUGCAGGCACAAAGAAACGCCGUGAAGGCACGUGCAGUGCUUGCAGAGUAUUCAAGGGAUGUAUUGCUGUCAUUAGGGGUGUCUCUCUCGAUGUGA